AUGGCUGGCAACCCAGAUUUACAAAAAAAGAAAAUAGAGUGGGCAGCACUUGAUGUGUUCACAGAGGAGCCACCACCCAAGGAUAGCAAGUUAGUGCAGCAUGAGAAUGUCACUGUCACACCUCAUCUUGGAGCUAGCACAAAAGAAGCACAGGAAGGUGUAGCUGUUGAAAUUGCUGAGGCUGUAGUUGGAGCGCUAAAAGGGGAACUUUCGGCAACUGCUGUCAAUGCUCCCAUGGUGCCUGCUGAGGUGCUAUCUGAGUUGGCUCCCUAUGUCGUGCUAGCAGAGAAGCUGGGUCGACUAGCUGUACAGUUAGUGGCCGGAGGAAGUGGAAUUCAAUCUGUGAAGGUGAUUUACAGAUCAGCUCGUGAUCCAGAUGACUUGGACACAAGGCUUCUCCGAGCCAUGAUCACAAAAGGCAUCAUUGAGCCAAUUUCUAGCUCAUUCAUCAACCUAGUCAAUGCAGAUUUCACUGCCAAGCAGAAAGGCCUUCGCAUAACUGAGGAGCGCGUUGUUGUUGAUUCAUCCCCCGAGUACCCAGUGGAUUCAAUCCAGGUGCAAAUAAGCAAUGUGGAGUCAAAAUUUGCAAGUGCAUUGUCAGAUAAUGGUAAUAUUAGCGUUGAAGGGAGAGUGAAAUAUGGGAUCCCUCAUCUGACCAGAGUGGGUUCAUUUAGCGUGGAUGUGAGCCUAGAAGGAAACCUCAUACUGUGCCGUCAAGUGGAUCAACCCGGCAUGAUUGGACAGGUUGGAAGCAUUCUUGGCGAGCGCAAUGUGAAUGUGAGCUUUAUGAGUGUGGGAAGGACUGUUAAACGCACCAACGCCAUCAUGGCAAUUGGAGUUGAUGAAGAACCAGACAAGGAUACCCUUAAAGAAAUAGGAGAAGUGCCUGCAAUUGAGGAGUUUGUAUUUCUCAAACUGUAG